CUGCAGCAGCUUUGCUUCAGCGUGCUGUCUGACUGUUUGAAUCUUUGACUUCACGAUGGCACCGCUGUCCAUCCAGGCCGGAGUGAAAUACGCCAAAACGCUGCUGCCAGAGACUCUGAUGAGGUCCGUGUCCACAGUCCAGACCAUCUCUCGACACAUGCUGCCCCUAAAUCAGCCUCGCUGUUUCAGAGUGUGCACAUACAGCCGGAUGCGGCGGCGAAGUUUGACUGCGUCUUCUCUAGAUGAGCUCCUGGAGCAGGCAGCGAGGGUGUUCAUGAUGUCCUACCAGUUCCUGACUCUGGUCCUGGAGGAGGAUGGGACUGUGGUGGACUCAGAGGAGUUCUUCCAGUCACUGCCCAAUAGCACACUGCUGAUGGUGCUGGAGAAGGGGGAGAUGUGGACAGAGAGCAAGAUUAUUCCAUGCUUUCGUCAGCCAAAGAAGAGUGGGAUUGCCAAAGUGACCUUUGACCUCUACAAACUGCAGCCUAAAGACUUCCUGUGCUGCCUCGCCAUCAGGGCCACAGUGUAUGAGAUGUACACACUCUCAUACGACUUCAGAUUCACCAGGAUCAAACGCAUCCUCAACUCGCUGUUGUGCUGCGUCACCUCUCUGACCAGACUAGCCGGACAACUGCUGCUCUGCACAUCCUCCUCACUACUGCAGUUCACUGGAAAUGCCUGCCGCUAAAGCCAUGUCUCUUUGUGUUCAGCUGUUCAUUCAGGCGGGUGUACUACAAAGGUGUUUAACACGCCCAGGCUUUCUUUGCGUUACCUCCCUCGACAAAUCUUAGGGCCAAGACGCGGGGCAGCCCAAGCAGAGGAGCCUAGACAUCCCUCUCUCCAGCCUCCAGUCUGGGGUGAGAUUCAGGCAUGUCCCCCAAGAAGGACAUGCCUGGAAUACCUCACUUAGGAGGUGCCCAGGAGGCAUCCUAGUGAGAUGUCCAAACCACCUCAAUUGGAUCCUUUCGUUGUGGUGAAGUAGCAGCUCUACUCAGAGCCCCCCCCAGAAUGACCGAAAUCCUCUCCCUAUCUCUAAGGCCUGCUAUAUUCAAAACAUAUUUUCCCAGAACAGAAUCUAAAAUGACUUUAAACAUGUAAAUAAAAUAAUCAGUGAAAAUGUAGCCAUCCAGCUGAAUUUGAAACCAAUGCUCUGAGCAUAACCUGCUCCCAACCAGGGUACGUGUUCAUCAUCAGUUACCAUGGUGAUUUAGCCAGGUAAAAAAAGAGCCAAUUUCAUGACACAGGAAACUCUGACUUUUGAGCUCCAGAUAGCUCAAAAGAACAUUAAUCUGGCUUUGUAGUACACCCCUCUGCUGAGGUGGGACUGACUGUAAUAAAUGAUCAGACCCUCAGUUUGUGUGUUUGAGACAAACUAGAGAAAACUUGUGUUUGAUUUCCUCUGCCUGAAUAAAGAUCGUGUUUGAAUUGUCUACAUAUGGAUCACUUAUGUGUGUGUUUCCAUGGAAAGCUGAGAGCAUUUCUAGUCUUUCUAUCAGAUCAGCGUUUUUUAAGAAUGUUUCGUCUGAUUUCAGCUGGAAAGAUUUUUGUAUUGAAUGAGAUUAAAUUUGUUUUUGUAAAUCAAAUAUCUGACUAAU